AUGUCGCGCCGGCCCCCCAAAGGCGACUACAUCGAGACGGACACCGGCAACAAGGUCGCCCGCCGGGCCAUCCUCGUCGGCACCCAGAACAUCAUGCUCGGCGGCAAGACGGUCAUCCAGCCCGACGUCAUGAUCCGCGGGGACCUGGUGCGCCCGGCCCCCCCGCCGGCGAGCAGCACCGCCGUCGCCAUCGGGCGGUACUGCUUCCUCGCGCGGGGGGCGCUGCUCCGCCCCCCCGGGCGCGUGUACAAGGGCGCCUGGGCGUACACGCCGCUGCGGCUGGGGGACCACGUCUUCGUGGGCAGCGGGUCCGUCGUGCAGGCCGCCGCGGUGGGCAGCCACGUGCGCAUCGGGAGCGGCUGCGCGGUGGGCGAGUUCGCCAUCGUCAAGGACUACGUGCGGAUACUGGACGGGGCGGUCGUGCCGCCGUUCAUGGUGAUUCCGAGCUUCUCCGUGGUGGGGGGGAGGCCGGCGCGGGUGGUGGGCGAGGUGCCCGAGGGGGGGGUGGACGAGUUUGAGCUGAGGGAGCUGUAUAAGACGGUGGGGAAUAGCCCUGUGGGGGGGUGA